CAACAGUCUGAACCAGUGAUAUCGCUCUCGCUCGUCGUCGGUCGGAUCAAGUUUUGAUCAGUGUGAUGGGUGCCUCUUCAUUGUUGCUGCCAUUGUUGCCGCUGGGAUAACGUGUCCCGCGAGGGCAUGCCCGCAAGUGCAUCGGCAAUUCGAAUUUUGGACUCACCAACAACGCUGCAUGUCGAGCGCCGCCGCUGUCCGAUUUGGCCUAAAUGACACCGCUGCGUAGCACCACAUGUCCAUCAUACCAAGGAUCCCACAGCUUGCAGUCUCAGCAAAGUUCCUGUGUCUCUUGAUGUUUGCUUGUUUGCGUUCGCAGGUGGCGAUUUGCGGCGCGGUGCCCGGCAUGGUCCACUCAGUCCGUUUGCACAACGACUGCAGCAGCAGCGAGCUGCAAGUGACCCCCCAGGGCAAAGUGUUCUCCUCCAACAGCUUGUCCUUCAAUGAGCUGCGGCUGGAGUCGGUGGGAUUUGGCAAGCUGACGAUUUUUGCAGAGCGGUCGGCGCGCUACUUGUGCUUCAACAAACGGUGGCGCUUGGUGGGCGCGAAAAAGAAGCACGGCAAGUGGUGUCAGUGGCAGGAGGUGAUGGAGGACGGCUUCAACCGGUACCGCUCGCUGGCCAACCUCAACUACUCGCUGGCGGUGAAUCCACAGGGACAGCCGAUGCGGGGCGAGAAGACGGUGCUGGUGCGCGGCCGGCACGGCAAGCGCGCCCGAAGGUGCGGCCGCUUCCUCAAGCGGGGCCUCAACCUGACCGAGGCCAUCAACAGGCACAACAAGGGCGACCACCCCAUCAAGCAGCCGCUGCUGCCCCAGCCGGGCCACCACCAGCACCGCCGGCCCCGAAGCUGAGCCGCCGCCGCCGCUCCCUAGUCAUCUCUCUCUCUCUCACCCCCGACCAAACCUCUGCGCUUCAAAGACACUUCCUCUCUCUCGCUCUAUCUAUCUCUCUCUCAAUCUGACCCCGAUUAAUUUUAAUGUCUGCACUCUCAAUUAAGUGACUCGUUGGUCGCAAUCGACCGCCGCCCCCCAGUUGCCCCAUCAAGUGUGCGGGGAGCCCCACAAGUGACCCCCAAUCUCUGCUGCUGCAGCGUUGCCGCGCGCCCCCGCCAAGGACUCGAAAUAACCAUUGUACUUUGAACCUCUGAGAUGUAAAUCGUGUUGUACAAAUAUGAUACAGUUAACGCCAAUAAAGAUGGACGCUUGUGCAAGUGAAAAUAUAUCACAGCAUACAUGCAUCGCAGUUUGAUUCAUUUCGAAACGAAAAGUGAAAAUAUUUAUUCAUGCAGCAAAAUUCGAUGCUCUCACAGAGAGUGCAACAGGUGGUGCUAUUUUCUUGGCAAUUUUAAAUCAUGAAAUUUGUGGUUGCUGAAUAUGAAGUAGUAUGUGGAUUUGGAAACUUUAGUGCGAAAUGCAGAUUCAUAAAAAUAAAGAUAAUUUAUUACACGCAUACAUCAAAUUUUCUCAAACUUUUGCCAUUUGAAUUCAUCACUAAUUUUGUUAAAAUU